AUUGACCUGGAGAAGACUCAUUUGCUCUGCACUCGCAUCCAAGAGGCAGGCCGACAAACGUCGCUCCAAGGCACCCACCUACCGAGUAGGUCAACGAGUUAUGCUCUCCAUGUGCCACCUGCCACUUAGGACUGUCUCUUGCAAGCUAACACCCAGGUUCCUUGGACCCUUCCUUAUCAAGAAGGUAAUCAACCCAUGUUCUGUUAGACUGGCAUUACCACUCACCAUGCAAUGUGUUCACCCUACCUUUCAUGUAUCUCAGCUUAAACCUCUGGUCUCUAGUUCUUUGCUCCCUCCCUCCAAACCCCCUCCUCCUCCCAGGCUCAUCGAUGGCGGCAAAGCCUACACGGUCAAGAAGCUGCUGAAGGUGCAGUGGCGAGGCAGAGGACUCCAGUACCUGGUGGACUGGGAAGGUUAUGGUCCUGAGGAGAGAAGUUGGGUCCCAGGUUCAUCUUGGACCCAACCCUCAUCUCUGACUUCCACCGGCAACACCCCGACGCUCUUCCUAAAGCGCCUGGAGGCGCUCAUUGAAGGGGGGGAUACUGUCAUGCUCUGCCCCGGACAUCCACUCUGGAGAUUACGGAUCUCUCACGCCAGCGCCGAUCCGGAUCCGGGACAGGAAUUCCUUCUCACCUGCAUUCACUUCCUGGUGUUCACCGUUGCUUGUCUGUUGGAGUUGAAUGUAUCAGGCUGUCCGUGGUCGUCUGUCUCGGCUCUGUGUCAGACGGUUUGUCCCUGUCUGCGUUUGCUGGAUCUGAGUCGAGUUGAAGACCUGAAAGAUUCACACCUGAGGGAACUGUUGGCCCCGCCCAACUCAGACACUCGCACAGGAGAGAGCAGAGGUGGGCGGUUCCAGAACGUUACUGAGUUGCGAUUGGCUGGUUUGGAGGUGACGGAUGUGGCGUCUCGGCUGCUGGUUCGUUACCUGCCUCACCUGACCAAACUGGACCUGAGUCAGUGUGGACAAAUCACAGACCAAACCAUCAACACACUCACAUCACCCAUCUCCCCUCUGAGGGAGAGUCUCACGCACGUCAACCUUGCAGGCUGUGUGAAGGUGACAGAGCAGUGUUUGCCGUUGCUGAGGCGGUGUGUGUCGCUGCAGAGCGUGGACCUGCGCUCCUGUGGUCUCCUCCCCCCUGAGACAGACGACAGACUGCUGCUGAAGAACAGUUAGACCCUUCACCACGCACACUACAGCCGACAGCACGCUGCCAAAUCAGACACAGCCGACAGACCUAACCACACACACUCCGACCCGGGGGGAGGGGAAAAUCACCCAGAGUCAGGGGGUGGGGGGAGGGAGGGAGGGGAGAGUGACCAAUCAUAAAAAAAACUUUUUCUUGCUGCAGUUAUUUCUUUGUGAAAAUGGACUUACGGACAAACUAGCAUGUACAUAUUCAGUAUCAGUGUGUGCGUGUGUGUGUGUGUGAGAGAGAGUUACUGUAAAAUAAACCCGUUUUCGGCUCAGCAGCCCACCCCUCAUCCUCCAGGUCUGUCCCAAAUCCAUCCUCCCUCGAUCCCACCACGUCCUGACAGAUUUGAAACAUUUGCACUACAUAGUGGACUUCGUGCACAGAAUGUAUCCAUCGCUAGACAGGUUCUUCCAAAAAAAAACAAAAAAACAACCAAACAGACAAAAUAAGACAAGCCAGAGUCACAGACUGAUGGUGUCAGGGUGGGCUGGGGUGUGUGUGUGUGUGUGUGUGUGUGUGUGUGUGUGUGUGUGUGCGCGCGCGCGCGCGAUGUAAACAGUGUUAAUGUAUCUAUUUCCGAUCGGGUGACAGCAGCCCGUUCGUUUCCCCUUCGAGUUGAGGACCUUGCUAUCCCAUAAGUCUGAGCCUGAAGGGGCGGGGUUUGUGCAGGGAGAGGAUAUGGCCACUCCUUCUCUUCCUCGCUGUCCCCGCCCUUCUGUCCGUGCCAUUCAUCGUUUCAACUCUUUUCUUUCACACCUUUUUUCCAGUGCCAUGUUUCAUUUUCAAGGGUAAGUGAAUGUCACCUGUGGAUUGGGACGCAGCCGGGAGGAGGGGACACGCGCAGGCAUCAAGGGCAGAGCUUCCUCACUCUGUUAACUUUCUUUUAUUUUUCUUUUUGUUGUUGUUGUUGUUGUUUUAAAACCUACAUUGCACUGAGAACAAAUAAAUGGACGUUUUGACAGGUGACGGGUUUCAGGCUUUCUCACUUCUUAAGAGGCUUUUUUCUGUUUUAUUAUUGAAACACUUCCAUCUCCCUCCAGUUGAUUUCAGUAAAGCGGGUACUCGAAGCUGCUAACCCUCUGACCUCCUGUAAGAACUGGGUUCUCAUCAGUCACGCUCUCUCUGCUGGCACUGAUUAUGGGGUGGGGGCGUCCCAAAUCACAAAAGCUGCUCUGGGGCGUGUUCCAAAUAGUGUUCAGUAUCAUUACUGAGCAAAAAAACAAACAAAAAAACACGAAUCAGCAUUCAUAAUUAUCCAUAUUUAGCUGCUCAUAUCCUCCUGUUGAUCUUGAUUCUAGAGCUGAGGAAGUUUCCGUAAGGAGUGUGUGCUUUGGCGUAAAGAGUCUGAGGGGCUUCCAUUACCAUUAAAUCUCUGAUUGUUUCGUGAAAAAGUGCCACUGAUUAGGAGGUAGUGACCCCGUGCUGUACACCACCUCGUAGCCGUGUCCUGUAACCUCCCCGCUGUCCGGCGUUUGUUUACAGGGUCCAACACGUUCUGCAUUUUUCCAGAUGAUUUUCGUCGCUUUAUUAGCCGAAAUAAAUCGUCUUCUCUUUCUGCUGCAUGCGUUAUGACAUCGCUGAUUUGCAUAUGGUUACGGUGCGUUUUCCAGUGACGUUAUGAAUGGUAUUGAUUUGAGCAUGUUCCGCCAUAUUGAGAGUUUCAGGUCUCCAUCAUCAUCAUCAUCAUCAUCAUUAUUAUUAUUAUUAUUAUUAUUAUUAUCAUCAUGUGACUUUAAUCUCUUGCCAAAUUUCAUUUUGGUUUUUGUUCAGGGGCAUUUUGUGUGUGUUUUUUUAUAUUUUCUGUUUUUUUAUCCAUUUCUUUACUGUCUUCAUUUUUUUUGUUUUCUUUCUCAUUCUUUUAUUCACUGUUUCUUUGUGUCGAUCAAAGUGAGGACAAGAAUUAAAACUAUGAGAAAAAGAGAAAAACCUCAAGGCAGCUACUUUGAGUGACUACUGUAAAAUGACUAACUAAAAUAAAGACAAUGGGGUUUGUUUUUA